AUGCCUACCCGUUUGUCGAAGACCCGGAAGCACCGCGGCCAUGUGUCCGCUGGUUACGGUCGUAUCGGCAAGCACCGCAAGUCUCCCGGUGGUCGUGGUAUGGCCGGUGGUCAGCACCACCACCGUACCAACUUGGACAAGUUCCACCCCGGUUACUUCGGUAAGGUCGGUAUGCGUUACUUCCACAAGACUCAGCAGAAGUUCUGGAAGCCCACCAUCAACCUCGACAAGCUCUGGACUCUCGUCCCUGCCGAGAAGCGUGAUGCCUACCUGAGCGGCGAGAAGACCGACACCGCCCCCGUCAUCGACCUCCUGCCCCUCGGCUACUCCAAGGUCCUCGGCAAGGGCCGUCUCCCCCAGAUCCCCAUCGUCGUCCGUGCCCGCUACUUCAGCCGCGACGCCGAGCAGAAGAUCAAGGAGGCUGGUGGUGUUGUUGAGCUUGUCGCAUAA